GCUCCGAGACCGGACAGUUAGAAGCCGGGGGCUUGCAAGCGGGGCCCAGCCUGGGCAUUCGUGGUGGCCGGGAGGGACUUCCGCGGGGACGGAAUCACAUCCCUGCCCAGUGUUGGGAGCAGAGGGGGAGGCGAGGGUUGGGGCAGGGGGGCGAGGAAUGCAUAUGGGAGGUGCCAGCAUCUUGGUCUGGAGAGCUGGCGGAUUAAAACCCUGAACUCACUAAGACGCUUGGGAGAGUGGGUCAGUAUGUGACAGUUCAGACGGGAGGACGUCCUUUUCUGUGUUUCUUAGCCGGUCCCACCGUCCCUGCUGUGUUACUUUUCUGUGGGGACAGGGACUACCUUUUGUACCCUGAGGCAUUAUGUUGACACGCUUGAGUGGUGACUGUUGCGGGGUGCAGCGGGUGCAGCGUGUGAAUGAAUAGGUACCUUGCGUAACCUGGCGCGUCCAACGAAGGACUCUGAUGACAUAGUUCACACGGAUCAGCCUCCUGGGCCAUGCUGUAUCGAAGGCCCGUUUCUUCUGAUGCGCCCCAGCGGAAGACAGGUGGGCCUGCCCUCACAGGGGAUGACGUCCCCUGCCUGAGCAAGAGAUGGCCGAGCACCUGCUCUGCCCCUCAGCAGACUCCGCGCGCCCUAAGCCAGCUGAAUGAGGGCCUGUAACGGCCGCCUGGGCGGGACUCUGAAGCCGGCAGUGGGGGGGGAGGGGACGGACACACCCCUUCCCCCCCAGACUCCUCCCCGUCAGGGUCGGCCCAGCCAUGGACUUUGGACCCGGGUGAGAGCAGAGAAGCGCCCUGGGUUUGGUGGAUCUGAUCUGGUAUUCUCAGUCCGGAAAUGGAGUGCUGGCAGGGGGCUCGAUGAUCUCCAGGGGGACAGCUGACAGAAGAGAAGGUGUAUGGCCGCUUCCUGACCCAUGGGCCAGCCGGAGCAGCCCUAGAGCCCUGGGCGCGUGAGCCAGGCCCGCCCGGGCAGCCCAGCCGCCGUCCCUGCCCUCGGGGGCAGGAUGCUGAAGAAGCAGUCCGCAGGGCUCGUGCUGUGGGGCGCCGUCCUCUUCGUGGCCUGGAAUGCCCUGCUGCUGCUCUUCUUCUGGUCGCGCCCGGCGCCCGGCAGGCCGCCCGCCGACCGCGCCCUGGACUGCGGGCACGAGGAGACGGCGCAGGUGAUCGCGUCCUACGGCAGCGCCAUCACGCACAUCCGGCAGCCGGACCUGAGCACCAUCGCCGUGCCGCCCGACCACCGCAAGUUCCAGGGCUACUACAAGAUCGCUCGGCACUACCGCUGGGCCCUGGGCCAGAUCUUCCGCAGCUUCAGGUUCCCAGCGGUCGUCGUGGUGGAGGACGACCUGGAGGUGGCCCCCGACUUCUUCGAGUACUUCCAGGCCACCUACCCACUGCUCAGGGCCGACCCCUCGCUCUGGUGCGUGUCUGCCUGGAAUGACAACGGCAAGGAGCAGAUGGUGGACGCCAGCCGGCCCGAGCUGCUCUACCGCACGGACUUCUUCCCUGGCCUCGGCUGGCUGCUCCUGUCCGAGCUCUGGGACGAGCUGGAGCCCAAGUGGCCCAAGGCUUUCUGGGACGACUGGAUGCGCCGGCCUGAGCAGCGGAAAGGGAGGGCCUGCGUGCGCCCCGAAAUCUCAAGAACGAUGACCUUUGGCCGCAAGGGUGUGAGCCACGGGCAGUUCUUCGACCAGCACCUCAAGUUCAUCAAGCUGAACCAGCAGUUUGUGCCCUUCACCCAGCUGGACCUGUCCUACCUGCAGCAGGGGGCUUACGACCGGGACUUCCUGGCCCGCGUCUAUGGUGCGCCCCAGCUGCAGGUGGAGAAAGUGAGGGCCGGCGACCGCAAGGAGCUGGGGGAGGUACGUGUGCAGUACACGGGCAGAGACAGCUUCAAGGCCUUUGCCAAGGCCCUGGGUGUCAUGGAUGACCUCAAGUCGGGCGUCCCCAGGGCUGGCUAUCGGGGCAUCGUCACCUUCCAGUUCCGGGGCCGCCGUGUUCACCUGGCCCCCCCGCAGACCUGGGACGGCUACGACCCGAGCUGGAACUAGCUGCACCUCCUGUCCCUUUUGGGCCCCUCCCUUGCCAUGUUGUGAGCGGAGAUGGGGCCUCAGUCCCUGGGCCGCAUGGUCCCGUCUCUGUUUCCCUCUUUGGUCCACUUAAUCUUUUUUAAUUUUUUUCUCUUUUUUUUUCUAGUGGCAUUCGAGUGCACAGAUAAGGUGAGGGUAUCCUCCCAGCUCAGUGGAGUCAGAUCAGGGACCAUCCCGGCGUAUUAGGGGGAUAGCAAGGGACCCCUGUGUGGUACGGGCACUUGGGCCUGCUGGGCCAGAAGUGUCCCCCUGGGCUCUGCAGUGAGGUUGGGGACUUGUGCUCUCUUGGCUGGGCCUCUUCUCCCAGGCCUGGCGCUGGGCCCCCUCCGCCUCCCCGCGGUGGGGGACUGAGGUGUGGGAGAAGGGGGCGUAGUUGUGGCCGAAGUGAGACUAACCAAAGGGGUUCCACCACCAGGGUUGGGGCUGCUGCCUCUGCCCCCCUGUCCUGUCUGCCCUCUCCGCCCGCCCCUGCAGCCUAGCGGUCUGUGAUUCUGAGAUGAAAGCGGAGGGGAAGCCAAGGCAUCCUCAGCUCCCCUCAGAGACGCGGUCCCUGCUGUGGGGGGCUUGGAGCCGGCGGGGCACACAGGGUAGCCAGCCCUGGUGUCCCCUCCUGGGGCCGGUGUGCAGGCUCCCUCCUGAGGAGGGCGCACCUGGUGGCCUUGUUAGCGCGAGGUGGAGCAGCCUCCCCUCCCCCAGCAGUGCCAGGUCCUCACAGGCCAGGACACAGGUGGCAGGUCGGCAAGGGACUCACGUGGUUUUAUUUCUUGCCUGGCCUCAGUUUCAUGGAAGAAGGGGAAAGUUACAAAGUUAUUUUCAAAAAUAAAGGCUGAAUUGUCUGAAAA